UAGGAGAAAAAAGGAGGUGGGAGAAAAGAGAACUAAAAUAACGAAGAACCUGCGGGUUAAAGUGCACCAAUGGCCACCAAGUCAUCCGCGGUCUCAAAGUGGCAAGAAGAAAUGGACUACAGGUGAUCACUGUAAAUGCUGGAAGUAGUGGCUAAAUCCAUCUGGAAAACUUCGCCAUGUGAAGAAACACAAAAUAUCUGCAAAGUUGCAUAAAUUACUUUGCUUUAACCACGUCACUCCUCGGGAGAUCAUGAAAGUGCAUCGCAUGAGGACAAGAGGAGAAAGCUGAAGAAAGACAUCUUCACCGAUGAGGCAGCCAAGUUCCUCUGCGCCUCUCCUUUUACGCACAGGCGCGGCGAGGACAGAGAGCACAACAUCGAGACGCUGAAAUAUCGAAAGCACAACUACAUUUUUUUUUUAAAAUUGAAAAACUUUUAAUCAUUAAAAAAGAGGAAGAAAUAAAGAAAGAAAGCACAUCAUGGAUGCAGAAGGAGGAUCGUUCGGACUGGCCAAAUCAGCUGCCUUAAAACUAUCCGAAAUGGGUGAGAGGACCAAGAAGCUGGGCUCCGCGAUGAAAGACCCUCACCAGCAGAAACGGAUCAUAUUAGUGAUUGUUUGCGUGGCUCUGCUGCUGGACAAUAUGCUCUAUAUGGUCAUUGUGCCAAUUAUUCCCGACUACCUUGCUGAUUUGGAGAACGAGCAGUCAGAACACGUUCACCUAGUGCUGCACCCCAACACUUCUUUAGCCAACAGCACAAAUGAAGACAAAAUCAACAAGGAUAACUUGGACAUCCAAAUAGGAGUCCUUUUCGCCUCUAAAGCCAUCCUGCAGCUCCUGGUCAACCCACUCACUGGGACGUUCAUAGAUCGAAUUGGAUACGACAUUCCUCUCCUCAUCGGGCUGAGCGUCAUGUUCGUAUCCACCUGCAUUUUCGCCUUCGCUGAAAACUAUGCCACGCUGUUCGUGGCCAGAAGCCUCCAGGGUCUGGGUUCUGCUUUCGCAGACACCUCGGGCUUCGCGAUGAUCGCCGACAAAUACACGGAGGAAGCCGAGCGGAGCCGCGCGCUCGGCAUCUCUCUGGCGUUCAUCUCUUUCGGGAGCCUGGUUGCGCCUCCCUUCGGGGGGGUCCUGUACGAGUUCGCCGGGAAGAGGGUCCCCUUCAUCGUGCUCGCCUCCAUCUGCCUGGUGGAUGGUUUUCUACUGCUUACUGUCAUUAAGCCCUUUUCCAACAGGACACGAGAGAACAUGCCAGUGGGCACCCCCAUCUACAGACUCAUGAUCGACCCCUACAUCGCCGUGGUAGCCGGUGCGCUCACCAUGGCCAACAUUCCACUGGCCUUUCUGGAGCCCACCAUCGCCAACUGGAUGGAGACCACUAUGCACUCCACUCAGUGGGAGAUGGGACUCACAUGGCUGCCCGCUUUCUUCCCUCACAUCCUUGGUGUUUACAUUACAGUCAAACUGGCUGCAAAGAACCCCCAUUUGCAGUGGUUCUAUGGGGCUCUAGGUAUGGUCAUCAUAGGGGCCAGUUCAUGCACGGUCCCCGCAUGCAAAACUUUCGGGGAGCUCAUCGCCCCGCUGUGCGGGAUCUGUUUCGGCAUCGCGCUGGUGGACACGGCGCUGCUGCCGACGCUCGCUUUCUUGGUUGACGUGCGUCACGUCUCCGUGUACGGCAGCGUUUAUGCCAUCGCGGAUAUCUCGUAUUCGAUCGCAUACGCUAUGGGUCCGAUAGUGGCCGGGCAGAUCGUGCACAACCUUGGCUUCGUCCAGCUGAAUCUGGGCAUGGGGCUGGUGAACGUACUUUACGCGCCGGCGCUGCUGCUGCUGCGCAACGUGUGCCAAAUGAAACCGUCCUACUCAGAAAGGGAUAACCUGUUAGACGAGGCUCCGCAGGGGCUGUAUGAUACCAUUAAAAUGGAAGAGGUGAGGAAAAAAAAGAAGGGCUACAGUUCAGGCGGUAAUUGCUUGUCGGUGGAUGAAAAUGGGUUCGAUUCCUCCAAAGCACAACAGUCCUCCAGUUCAGAGUUUACCUAAACAUUCCUACUUUAGGGAGUUUGAUUCCCAGAAUGAGGCAGAAAGGUCCUAAACUUGUGAUUGAAUAUUUUACAUAUGUACCUAAAAUAUAAAACACCCAAUCGAAAAUCAUGAUUGUGUGAUAUUUUUA